AUGGAGUCGAACAUUCCUCCAGAGGCACCAGAGGUGCCACCAGUUCUAGAUGAAGCAGAGUUUCUGACGCAGGACUCACCAGCUCCAGGCCUAGAACUAGACAACCAAGAAGGUGGUCCCACCUCCGCUUUGGACACAGCUGAGCUCUUCCUGGACGAUAGCGCUCGACCAGCACCAUCUCAGAAUGGAGCUCAGAGGCCUAUACCCCCUCGGCCAAAUCUACGUCGCGAAAACUCCGUACCGUCCCCAGCGCCGCUACAUCUCCCUCCGCCAGCUCCGCCAGCUCCGCCCCCAGAUGCUCUCAACACUACCGACUCAUUGUCCCUUGUCCAACUCAGAAGGCUAGUUGACAACAUGCCAAGGGUCGAGCCUACACCAUACGCGUUUACCUAUGAAGAUGCAUCUACGUUCGAAGAAGAGCUGGAAGAAUGGUUUUCGUACGGUGUGGAGGAGCAGGCUAUGAUACUGAAGUCCCAGUCGUCGUUUGCGCAAGAGUGGGGAUCAUACAAUGGCCUCGUGUUUAUAAACGGAUCAGCUUACGAAGAAGGAAACCUAGAUUGGGCUACCACGAGCGUCGAGCAGAAAGAGGAGUUCAUCCAGAAAAUUUUGGCUGGCAUCAAGCAAUCGGAUCCGAACGCAAGACUGCAAAACCUGGAGACAGUAGUGUAUCUACUCUUGGGGUGCUGGUACGAAACAGCUGGUCACACAUUAGCAGAACACCGAGAAGACAACGACCAAGACGGGGACACGGCUUCCAAAAGCAAGGCCCCCAAUGACAAAUUUCCUCUCUCAGCUCUUCAAAUCGAAUGGAUCUAUAAGAAUGUUCAGACGGUGUUAGAUUGUGGCGGCCUUCAAGUGAUUUUUGAUGCCUUGCGGAAAGCUUUUCUACGGGAAUGUGGACUAUCCUCGCCAGAGGAUGAACCAUUUCGUGAGGGCAAAGAGGCCGAGCGCCGAGAACUAUGGUGCACGAUGACCGCGAUGUAUACUUUCUUGGAAGUCGCUCGCAUCAAAGAGAAAGUGGAUGGCGAAUUGAUCAUGCGGGAAGCAAUCGCUAACCUCAAACCUGGCCUCCUCAUGACACUUGUAGACUUGAUUGCGAGGCUUCGGUGGGACGAAACUAUCGUCUUGCCCUUGGCUAAGGUUUGCUUACUUACGUGGAAAUCUAUUUUGGUUGCUUUCGGGGGGCUCUCGGAAGUCAAUAAAGCGAAAGCUUCAUUCCGAGAAACGGAUCUCAACGAGGCUGAUGUGCGCGGUCAGCCUCUGAUUACAGCUUCGCCUCUAGACUAUCAUUUGUUUCGCCAGGAGAUCAGCUCCAAAUACCCAGCUUACAACCCACCCCCGCCACUUUUCCCGUUGGAGCCGGAGAACAACUCCAUCCUCCCGCCGAUCAAAAAUCACCCUAGCAAAGUUGCAGGCUCCCACGUUUUUGGGUCCGGCUUAGCAAGUUUUGACGGCAAUGGGACGUCCAUAUUUCACCAACCAGUACAUAUCGCAACUCCAGCACCUUCCCCGCCGCCCUCUCCGGCCGGCGCUGGUAAGGGCGGGAAGAAGCAAAACUACCAGACCAACCAACUCUUUCCGUUUCUUUACCCGCCUCUAGAUGAAAGUAGCAAUAAUCUGGGAGGGAAAGGCUCCACAGAUUUGCAAGAUCUGCUUGUAGGGAGGAAGUGGGAAGGAUCCGACAUCCCGGCUUCGAUUUUAGAAGCUGCUGAGCUUUUUGCUAAGAGAAUGAGAGCGACGCGAGCGAUGAAGCAAUUGUGGGAAGAGAGAGUCCAAUUCAUGAAAUACGAACGAGGCUGGGCUGGCCCAGAUGAAAACAUUGAUGUCGAUGCCCUAGACAUAUCUUCUGCGCCAACGGCCGGACCGGAAGAAGCAAACAGUAAGACUAAGGAACCUCCUCCUCCUGGGAGUAUCGAAGACCGGAUGGAUUCUGUUGAACGUUUCUACGUCGAAGCACUGCCCCAUCUACAGUCUUUGAUCAUCGUUUUGAUCAAGGUCAUUCUUUCUCACGUUACUGCCCUGGUCACCCAGGCAAAUGGACAGAACGGAUUACAAAGCGGGUUUCAAUUUCAAGAUAACCAAAAUGGGGGCUCAUCAGCGAAGCCUGACAGCAACGGCGUGAACGGGCAGCACGACGGCAGCUCAUCCAACGAAGAGCUCGACACAAUACGGACACAUGAGAUUCUUGACAAAGCUGUGUCUGGAACCCUUAUCCUAAUUCUCAAAUGGUUCAAAGUCUCACACAUUCUCAAAUUCGAAUACAUAACCCAGCUCCUUGUAGACUCAAGCUACAUCCCUCUUAUACUAAAGCUUUUACAGCUUCAGGAGAUUGAGCGGGUAGUCAAUUUCAAGUGUGAUCGAGACGACUUGAAUUUCUUCCAUUUCUGCCGUGAACACUCCCGCACUGGUAUUCAAGAUCCACAGAACACCGAAAGCAAGGAAAUCGAUUCGGAUUCUGAUGACGCAGCACCUCCCCCGAUUAGGCUUCGCCGUGAUGAGACAGCAAAGCAAGACCAUGAACCAGAGACGCCUGCGGAGUCCCGCCCGCAGGUUCCGCCGGAGGUCGACGAACUAGGAUUCCCUACCAGUGAGCUUCCAAGUGAGCCCAUUACCAACUUCUCAUGGAGAGCAUUCUUCAGUGGCAUCAACUAUUUGCGCAUAAUGCAGAAGGUGUGCAAAAACAAGGCGCAUCGUAACUUGAUGCUUGUGUCGUACAAAUCCUCGCAGUUUCUACGCAAAAGUCUCAAAGUUCCACAACCCGAGCUAAGGCUUUACACGCUCAAACUUUUCAAGAACCAGGUUCCCUACUGUGGUCGUAAAUGGCGCCAGUCCAACAUGCGCGUCAUCACAGCUGUGUACCUGCACUGUAGACCGGAACUUCGGGACGACUGGCUUGCUGGCAGCGACGUUGAUGCUGAGGUGGAUGAGAGUGUGCCUCUGGAGCAGGCUUUGAGGGCUUUGACGCAUUGGCAUAAUCUGAAAAGGUACCCAGAGGGCAUGGGCGCGAGGAGUGGGGUCUUGGAGGAAGAUCAAGACUUUUUCAGACGCGAGCUUGAGAAAAUGGAUUGGGGCGAGGAAGGUCUAGAUGAAGGGCAGAUGGAGCAACAGGAUUGGGGUAUGCACGGCGAGGGAUGGUAG